UGAAACAAAAUGGCAGCCUCCAUGCGUGGCACAUAAUCGCUGCCUAAUAUCUGUUGUGGUGCUACGAAUCUUGCAGGGAUAUUGGUUUACAAUGGAGAAUAGGAGAACGCGAAAACAUUCCAGGUCUCCAUCUGCAAAAGGGGAACGUCGAUCACGGCCUACAUCAAAGAAACGGAAGCGAUCGUGGCAGUCUCGAAAUGCAAGUUCGAGUUCAUCUGAUUCCAUUCAGUCAUCAAGAUCAUCUUCAUCAAGUGAACGAAGGCACAAACAUAAACACAAAAAGUCUUCAAGGCACAAAGACAAUUCCAAAAUGAAAGCACGAAAAAAGAGUAGCUCAAAACGCAGACACAGUUCUUCCGAUUCAUCCUCAUCAAGAGAAAGGAGAAAAAAGAAGAAAGCCAAAAAGAAGAAAAAGAAAAUGAAGAAAAAAGAAAAGGAGAAACAGAAGCAGGACAAAGCAAAGGGGAAAAGCAUUUCCAGCAUCACACAGAAACUAACACCCUCAGUUGGAGUAACCAUGGUUACACCUCCAAGUACCAUACCUAAGUCUGGACAUGUGGGUCCAGUCCCUCGUGUGCUGAAACCAAUGAGCAAGGAGGAGUGGGAGAAACAACAGAGACAUGAGACCAUGUGAGACAUGUGUGAUCCAGAAACUGGGAGAACCAGAUUAGUGAAAGGUGAUGGUGAGAUAAUGGAAGAGAUCGUCACCAGAAAUCGACAUCUAGAAAUUAACAGGCAGGCAACAAGAGGCGAUGGGCUAUCUUACCAAGCUCAAGUUGGUUUGCUGUAAUGAUGACCAAAGUUGGUCACCCCAAUUGCGCUAACAGACCUCAUAAGGCCUCCAUCAUCCAGUUCAUGGGCUGUUAGUGCCAGAGUUUAUGUGACACGUCCAAUACAAUGACAUGGUUGAAGGGAGACAACUGAAGGCACACCAGGAGGGGCAGAUGCUCAUCUGGAUAUUAUAACCAUGGUCCAUUACAGUGAAUUGCCUUUUGUCUCCUUGAUGUUAUGUUUCACUUUGUACAGUAUGUGAAAAGGAAUUUUUAUAUUUUCAUUUUAUGAUUUUUAUUAUUCGCAUACUGGUUAACCGUUCUCUUAACUGGACACCAUUUCUUUUUUAAUCUGUCAGGUUCUGUUCUUUUAAAAACUGAAUAUGUAGUGAAAUCAUUAAAUAGAGCUGAUAACUGC